UGGGGUCGAUGUAAAGCAAUGAAAUUCUCCAUGUUGUCUCUCCUGAGGCCGGUCGCGCAAGUAGCUAUUGGCGUCUCCUUAGGAUUUACCUUGAGUUUACUGAGCGUGUCACUGGGGAAAGAUCCCUGCGAUUUCCAUGAGAAGUCGGGAAAUGAGGCUAUUUUAGGUCAGGGGGGCGAUCUGGACGGCGCUAGAAAACCAAAUUCAGUUCCGAUCGCCAGACAUGAGAAUGGGGAGACCGAAGAUGAUUUUAUACCCAGGAUUAUACCCUACAUACCAGCUAGACAAAGUGAACCAAAGAAACUUUUCAGGACUAGGUAUAUCAGCACUGAGCUGAGGAUAUAUGAGCGCCUCUUUGUGGGCGUCCUGACAUCCGAGGACACAAUCAGCACGCUGGGGGUGGCCGUGAACCAGACAAUCAGCCACCACCUGGAUGCGGUGGUCUUCUUUACAGGGACCCUCAAUCACAGGAUCCCACUCGGCAUGACAGUGGUCACCCAUGGUGACGAGCGCCACGUUAGGAACAUGUUCCAAACCGUCAGGUAUGUUCUUGAGAAAUACAACGACAUGUAUGACUGGUUCUACUUCAGCCAGGAUGACACGUACACAGAGGCAGGCCACCUCAAAGCUCUCAUCGGACACCUGAGCAUGAAUCUCAACCUCUACAUGGGCCACCCUCAGGAAUUAAUCGGUGGGAAAGUCAAGGGAACAUACUGCCGUGGAGGUUAUGGGUAUCUCCUGUCCCGAUCCUUACUGCUUCAGCUAAUUCCUUUCCUAGAGAACUGUCAGAAUGACAUUUUGAGCAGCAGACCUGAUGAGUGGCUUGGGAGAUGCAUUGUUAAUCAUCUAAAAAUCAACUGUGUUGAUGAACAUGAGGGUCUUGCGUAUUAUCAUUAUAAAAUGGGAAAAAAAUUGGAUCUAAAUAUUUGGGACAAUUUACACUUCAAAAACAUCAUCGCUGUGCAUCCAGUAUCCGAUCCUGAACUGAUGUACAGAUUACACAAGAUGUUCACUGAGAUCGAGUUGCAGAGAACCUACCAAGAAAUAGAGAAAUUGCAGGCAGAAAUAAAAAAUAUCAGUGAAGUGGCCUUUGAAGGUGAUAAGAGCACUCAAUGGCCGACAGGGGUAAACCCACCCUUUGAACCAAAGACUCAUUUUGAGGUCUUGAAAUGGGAAUACUUCACUGAAAAUGAGUUGUAUUUUUGUGCUGAUGGGUCACCUAAAUGUGAGCUACGUGGGAUCAAUAAAUUGGACAUCACUGAUAUCAUUGAGGUUGCCAUGGAGGAGCUAAACAAGAAGUACAAACCCAUACUACAGCUGAAAAAGCAGCAACUUGUAAAUGGGUACAGACGGUUUGACCCCACAAGAGGCAUGGAAUACACACUGGACCUGCAACUUGAGGUGGUCAGUGAAAAGGGAAGGAGUUGCUCUAUCAUGAAACGGGUUCACCUUCUGCGCCCGUUGAGUAAAGUUGAAAUCGUACCCAUGCCUUUUGUCUCAGAAGCUGCACAAGUUCACAUAGUACUUCCGAUGACUGUUCAUGACCUUGACUAUGCCUCCCGGUUUCUUGAUCUGUAUGUCAAAUUUUGCUUUGAAAGGUCUGAGAAUGCCAUUUUAACUUUACUCUUCAUCUAUAACCCCCUGGAAGCACAACAGAUUGAAAAAUAUGAUAUUUUUGCCAAUAUUAAAGCAAAGAUUGUUGCCUACGAGCAAGAGUAUCCCAGGGAAAAAAUCCCAUGGGUUAGUGUUAGGGCAGACAACCUCUCUCAAAUUAAAAUCGUGGACGUAAUUUCGAAGAAGCUCCCAGUUGAUACAUUGUUGUUCAUUGCCAGUGUCAACACUAAUAUAAACUCUGAGUUCCUGAGUCACUGUAGGUUGAACUCUAUCAGCAACUGGCAGGUCUUCUUUCCGAUCCACUUCCAAGGUUACAACCCUGAUAUCGCCUUCCACAACAAGCAUCCUCCAUUCACCAUUGACCUGGUCAAAGACUCUGGCUACUUUGACCGCAACAUCUUCGACGAGGCAUGUUUCUACAACUCUGACUACAUGGCUGCGCGCAGCAGCAUGGCCCCUGAUGUUCAGGAGAACGAAGACCUCCUCGACACUUUGGACUUGUAUGACAUGUUCCUUAAUUAUUCCAAGUUGCAUGUGUUUCGGGCAGUUGAGCCCAACUUGCGUCAAAGCUACCGGCACCAGAAGUGUGACCGACAUCUUGGCGAGGAGAUGUACAGCAGGUGUGUGCAGAGUAACCUGAACAAUUUGGGUUCUCACUUCCAGCUGGCCACCAUGCUGUUUGAACUGCAGCGGGGCAACAGCACUUGACCAGAAGUCAAAAACUGAAAAGAAAUAGCAGAAUUUCUCUAGUUUUUACUACACUAACUCUGUUUUUCAUGACUCAUUUGCUCAUUGCUUUUUCUGGUCAGGGUCACAGUACUUGGUUUUAGAGUUUAAAAAUACAGCACAUUUCUGAAGGGAUGCCAUACUCUCAUGACAAGAACAAGCUGGUAUGUAGAGAGAAUUUUAAUUGAGGUACGUGAGCAUUUGGCUACUUGCUCUGCCAUGUCAAGCUAUUGCCUAUUGACUGGCUUUAUUCAGUCCCCCUUUUUUGACACAUUUCACAAAUGACUUUGCUGUUCAGAGCAACAGUUCCAGGCUUUAAUAAUAUGAAUCUGCUCUUUUCAAAUAACAGGUGAUGACAUCCAUUUAAACAAUCACUACUUUAUUAUGCACUAUGAGUACUCACUCAUAACAUAGUUAGGUAUGGAUUACAAAUGGAAUAUUUUAGUAUUGCUUAAGUAUUGGCAGAAUUGCCUUGUAGAAGAUGUGGAGCAGGAGUGGCUGUCAUAGAAAAUUCUGAGAUCUGCCUCGUAUUUCAGACAAAGUGGCGUUUUGAAGCACAAGCCCAUUAGGAAGAAUUAUGUGCAUUACAAGUCACAAUGUAUAUGCACUAGAGCCCAAAUGAGCUGUCAGCUCUGGCAGUAUUGUGUGCUGUUGCUGGAGUCUGCUUGACACUUGUGGAAAGAGGCGAAAUUCAAGUACACCCUCAUUGUUGGAGUUCAACCUGAUGGUUAUACUACGCCGAACCAAUUUUUGCACAGCAGAGCAGAUACUAUAAAGGUGGCUGUUUUUUUCUUUAUUAAUUUAACAGGGUAGCUAUUGUUUCCUUUUUAAAUUGCAGUUGUCCAGUGUGUCAAGUGAAGACGUUGCUGUUAUUUUCCACUCUGAUUGGACAAAAUUAAAAAAUUUAUAUUUUUCAAUCAUGUAAUUAUAUAGAGGCAGAGAUCAGCUACUUUACAAGCAAAUUAGCCUUUCCUGGUAUGUAAAUAUUUAGUCAAAAUAAUGGAACUGAAUAUUUAGUGCUUGACAUUGUAUUUAUCAGGAUAGCAUGUGAUACAACAUAUCUGACAAGAAUGAAAUAAUUCAUUCAAAGAAAUGAUCCAUGUGAAUUCAUUAGGAAUUCAGAGAUACACUUAGAUUAGAUGACUACAACAUCUAAUGCUGUGUUUCGUCUUGUUAACGGUGAUGGUGUUUUCAUAUUGUUGUUAUUAAGAAUGUUGUGAGAAUUUACAGAAGGCACAUUGAUAAGGUUUACAGUUUAUAAGUAAACUGUUCAUAUAAAUGUUAUGUAUUUGUACACUGGAAAUAGAUUUUAGUUGAGUUUUGAACUGUAAGACAAACUGUGUGCACUUGUAUAGGUGUACCAAAUGAAAAUUACUUUUAUACUUUACUAGUGCUGGUAGAGUGUCUUAGAAACCUGUGAAGGAUGAGAUCAUCAUCCUGUUUUAUUAGGCCGCACUGUGUUAAACACUGCACCUACUGUAACCCCCCUCUGCCCCCCUCCUAAUGAGAUUUCAAAGCCUUACAAAAUUGCUUCCAUCUGUUUAGUUUUAUAUUCCACACAAAUGUAUUAAAUAUCCAGUAAUUUGUGCUAUUUUUGUACUGAAUUUACAUAUUGAAAUAGGACCAUGACAGGCUUUGUAAGUCCAAGAAUUGGACCAUUAUAAUAACGUUUAUAAAAAAAAAUGACAGUGAGAGAGACUAUUUGAAGUCUUGGAAUUCAAGAUGUCAAACGGGAGGUUAAUACAAAGGCACAGGAUUGUCCUGCCCUAAUGAUAUCAUAGUGGAUGUUUGCUCUGCUGUGAAUCAGGCUCGAAGAAAAGCAACUUUGCAGAUGUUCGCAAAUGCAGCCAGAUCAAAGAGAAGUGGGACGUGUGAGGAGUGUGAGGAGUGAACACGCAUUGUGUUUUUUCUGUGGUUCAGGGUCUGUUCUCAUAUCCAGACCUUCUCUCUUCUGCAGCAACUAGUACCAGAGAGUCACGAAUAUGCAGAGUGUUCCUAUCUGACCAUAUGUAGAUAGAAAUUUUGCUCAUCAAACCUGCAUACUGAAGUAAAAAGCAAUUUGUGGGGAAGCUUGCUGUAUCUGUACAACUUUUUUAAAAUUAAAUUGUUCCUUACAAAUUAUGGAUAGUGAUUUUUUUUUUUUUUACGUAUUUAUCCAGAAUGUUCACCUAUUUUGAUUAAUUACACUCAGUUUUUUAUGAGAUGUUUGCUCUCAUGAAGUGAUUCAUCUUGAUAUGCUUAUUGAUCUAAUGGUUUAAAAGACAGGUCUUUAAGACCACCAUAUUGAAUGUUAAUGCAAACUAGAAAUUCAAAUUCAUCAACAGAACCCAGUUCUGCCUUUAGAUGUCAGUCGUAUUACAAGAAUGGAAUUUUUCCUCCACUCUGGUGGAACCUGGACCAUAAUUAGUUUAUAAUAGAAGUCUUUUUGUAAUAUUUUCCCCCUACUUGUCAAAUUUAUAUCUGUUUGUGAAUGUUAAAAUUUCAAAUACUGGCAUGUAAACAGUUUUAUGUGUAUUAUGUGUGCUAAUAUGUGUGUUAAUAUAUAUGAUGUAAUGCACAAAAAAAUGGUACAGAAAUAUAGAGCAACACUAUAUAGAGUAUUGUCUUGUAUUAUUUCUAAGGAAAGUCUACAGGUUGUUACCAGAACUGAUUUUUUUUUAAGCAUUGACAUUCCUAAUAUUUUUGCGAAAAUAUGAUCUCACUUAAUUCCAGACAUUAUUGUGUGUCAGAAAGGAAAUCAGGAAUUAAGAAAUCUACCUUUAAAAUAGCUUCUGAAGUUGCUGUAUUGUCUAAGGGAAAACGGCAUUGUGAGGGCAAAAUGUGUUUUAUGGUGUGCUGUCUUGAUGACGUAAAGAACCUCAUUGACAGUCAGAACUUCAGGAUGUCCGGUUGUUUGUUAGCUGAAUCCCUUCUGUAAUAUCCCAGUUACUGAUCUUUCCCACUAACACUUUAUCUUCAGGUUUUGAAAUCUUCGGGGGGGUUGUUGUUUACGUACGAUCACCUUCCCAUAGGAUCUAUCAGAUUUCAGUAAGGGAUUUCAUGCUAAAAGCUUAUUUAGAAUCAGAUUGAACAUGAAAGAAAGAUCCCAUAAUGGGAUCUUUGGAUCUCUGGACAAGAUAACAACCACACCAUUGUAGGUCAGCUGUAAUUAAGUUGAUUUAUUGUUCAUAUUGUCUUUUAAAGCUGUUUUCUUAAUGGAAUGAAGUUUAUUUAACAAACUGAAGUCUUACAAAUAAA